CCGGGUACCCUCCCACCUCCCCACCCUGAGUCUCUGGCCAGCAGGGGGCGCUGGGCAGAGGCGGGGCGGCGCGGGGACUGGCCGCGAUGGGACUGGAGGCGGCGCAGACAAAGGCGCGGGCGGCGCGGGGCGCGCGGAGGGCGCGGGCCGGAGGCAGCGGCGGCGGCGACGCGGGGGCCCCCGCCGCUCGCGCUCGCGAUCCCCCGCCCCGUGCUGCUGCUCCGAGGCGCGUGACAAUUCAGGCCCUGAGGGGGCAGGCGGGUGAAAGGGGACAAACAAGCCAUUCCUGUCACCCUCGGGGUACCCCUUAGAGGCCGUCCAGCCCAGCCUGACCAAUGUCCACAGCCAGGGAACAGCCAAUUUUCAGCACCCGGGCGCACGUGUUCCAGAUUGACCCCACUACCAAGCGGAACUGGAUCCCCGCUGGCAAGCACGCACUCACAGUGUCCUAUUUCUAUGAUGCAACUCGAAAUGUGUACCGAAUCAUCAGCAUUGGCGGUGCCAAGGCCAUCAUCAACAGCACGGUCACUCCCAACAUGACCUUCACCAAAACCUCUCAGAAGUUCGGGCAGUGGGCAGACAGCCGAGCCAACACUGUCUAUGGCCUAGGCUUUGCCUCUGAACAGCAGCUGACCCAGUUUGCUGAGAAGUUUCAGGAGGUGAGAGAAGCUGCCAGGCUGGCUCGGGAGAAAUCUCAAGAUGGCGGAGAAUUCACUAGUCCUGCCCUGGCUCUUUCCUCCCACCAGGUCCCCCCAAGUCCCUUGGUCAGUACCAACGGUCCAGGAGAGGAGAAGCUGUUCCGCAGCCAGAGUGCAGACGCCCCUGGCCCCACUGAGCGGGAGCGGUUGAAGAAGAUGCUGUCAGAAGGCUCCGUGGGCGAGGUCCAGUGGGAGGCCGAGUUCUUCGCGCUGCAGGACAGCAACCAGAGGCUGGCCGGGGCCCUCCGCGAGGCUAACUCGGCGGCUGCUCAGUGGAGGCAGCAGCUGGAGGCCCAGCGUGCGGAGGCUGACCGCCUGCGGCAGCGGGUGGCGGAGCUGGAGGCCCAGGCGGCUGCAGAGCCGGUCUCGGUCUCGGCGGGAGAGAAGGAAGCAACCAGCCAGUCCGUGGAGCAACUGGAGGCUCGGGUACAGACCAAGGACCAAGAGAUCCAGACUUUGAAGAAUCAGAGCACAGGGACCCGAGAUGCUUCUGACGCCACUGAGCGGGAGGAGACCCAGCAGAAGGUUCAGGACCUGGAGACCCGGAACACGGAGCUGGAGCAGCAGCUGCGGGCGAUGGAGUGCAGCCUGGAGGAGGCUCGGGCCGAGCGGGAACGGGCGCGGGUGGAGGUGGGCCGGGCCGCGCAGCUCCUGGACGUGCGGCUGUUUGAGCUGAGCGAGCUGCGAGAGGGCCUGGCACGCCUGGCAGAGGCGGCGCCCUAGUCAGCCUGGGAGGGUCUGUGCUCCCAAGGGGCCCUGCCAGGGCCCAGGGGACCCCGGCUGUCCUGAGCUUUGCACUGUGUAGUUUUCUAGAACCCUGAGCGGCGCUAUGCCGGGAUUACAUUUCUGAAGUGGCUGUACAAGUGCGUGACGUUGCUGGCACCUGUUGCGGCUGGCUGCCGCCGCCCAGCAUCCCAGGGACACUGCGAGGGAAGGCAACAGUGGUCAUCCAUAUGGGCAACAGGCUUUGGGGACCUAAGUCCUGCAGACCCAUCCCUCUUCCUUCUCAAGUCGGACUGCCAGGUUUAAAGAGCGUUUACUGAGGCCCUCUGUGGCCCACCCAGGAUACCUGCGGCCGCAGGUUCUCAGCUCAUGCCUGGGCCUUGGCCAAUGCUGGGGGCCGAGCCCCUCGGCCAGCUUUCUUCUGUCGAAGUGUCUGCUCCACCUUCUCCUUGAAGCGACGGUUCUGCUGCUUAAUCUUGGCCAGCUCCGCCUUGCGCUUGGCCUCCAGGUCAGGGUCCUGAGGAAGGGAGCUCUGCUGAGCCUGGAGCGGGGCAAGCCCCGCCCACCACCGCUGGCCACACCCCUAUUCCUGGCCCUGCCCAAUCGAGGCCUCCCACCUUUCCCUCCAGAAUAAGCUGCUUCCGCUUGUUGAUCUCCUUCUUUUCAUCGAAAUGAGUCGCCUCUAGUUUCUAGAAGGAUGGGGAACAAGGUCAGGUCUUGCCCCCCAGCAGGGAGCCCCCUCCCACACCCCCGCAGGCCGGCCACACUCACGAUCUCGCACUCCCGGCGCACCACGUUGACCUGAGUGAGGAUCUGCAGGACCUCGGCUUCCUCCACUGCCAGCUCCUCUAGCUGCUUCUCUGCGGGCAGCAGGGCAGGACAGGCAAAGUGAGUUGGGCUGUGAGUGCGCCUCGCCCCCUGCACCCCAGUUCUGGAUGUCUGGAUCCAACUAAACGUGGACGAUAGUCAAAAAAAGCAAAAUUGUGCCAAGCUUGGUGGCACAUGUCUGUCCUCACAGCACUGGGAGGCUGAGGCAGGGGUGUCACUAUGUGUUCCAGACCAGCUCUGCAGAGCAAGAAUCUGUCUCAAGUAAAUGAAUGAAUAAAUAAAUGAAACGAAAGAGUGAA